CUGUGGAGUAAGGAGAGUUGUCGAAAAGAAAACCGGGCGUUUUCCUUCGCCCCUUCCAACCGAAUCUUCGUAUUUUAAUGCCCCUUUUCCUGGUUUUCAAAAACCGCUUUUCGGAUCUCGGAUUCCGGUUUUGACACCCAUUUUCUUGUAUAUAUACCAUCUUCUCUUCUUGCAUUUCGCCCCUUUUUUCUGCAGCGAGAGAUUGAUUUGGGAAAGGAAAGAGAGAGGAGAGAUGGGAGCUGUUUCAUCUGAGCUGAGCUUGGAUUUUAAGCCUUGUUUUGUACCCAAAACAAUCAGCGGAUUUCUUAGAGAGGUUUCGGGGAUCGAGGAUUGCAAGAAUAGGCUGUCGAAAUUUGAAGAGUAUGUUGAAUGUUUGGAAGAAGAGAGGAGGAAGAUCGACGCCUUUAAACGCGAGCUUCCUCUUUGCAUGCUUUUGUUGAAUGACGCGAUUGAAGCUGUUAAAGAGGAGGAAAUGCGAUGCAGAUUAUCGAACGUAAAUGCAGAUUCAAAAGCUAGUCCUGUUUUGGAGGAAUUUAUGCCCAUAAAAAGCAAAUUGGAUGAAGAUGCGGAUGUAAAAAAGGAAAAGGAUUCCAGGGAGAAGAUGAACUGGAUGAGCUCUGCUCAAUUAUGGAGUGAUUGUUGUAUAAAUGACCAUCACAGCAACGGAAAAGUUAAACCUAUAGAUGUGAAAGAGCAGAAAGUGGAAGAACUUGAUCAGUCCGUCAACGAAAAUGGAUUCUUAGGUACUAAAUAUAGGGCCAAUGGAGGGGCAUUUACCCCAUUUAAGGGGUUGCCGAGUUUUCCAGGGAGCCAGAGAAAGGAGGUGGAAGAGGUUUCACCAAUAUCAGACCUUUCUCUUCUAUCUCCCGGAAUUAAGAACCCAAAUUCUGAAUUGGGUGCAAGCACUUUGAAUUCGAAGAGUGGCAGCAGGUCUACUCUAUCUCCGGCAAUGGCAGCAGUAGCAAGUGGCCAGUCGAAUACGCAGCUGCAGACUCCGAGGAAGGCAAGGAGGUGCUGGUCGCCGGAAUUACACCGGCGGUUCGUCAAUGCUCUACAACAGCUUGGGGGUUCACAAGUUGCUACUCCUAAACAGAUCAGAGAACUGAUGAAGGUCGAAGGGCUGACCAAUGAUGAAGUAAAGAGUCAUUUGCAGAAGUAUCGAUUGCAUACGCGGCGACUCCCGGCUUCUACAUUAGCUGGGGCAAGCCAACAGGUUGUUGUAAUGGGAUGGGCCCCGCAUGACAAUUACCAGGCCUCAAAGCAGAGCAAUUCGCAAUCUGGCUCCCCUCAAGGUCCUCUUCAGUUGGCCGCGGCUACCCGAGGAAUCUCCACUACAGGUGGUGACAGUGGGGAAGACGAUGAGGGGAAAUCAGAGAGCUAUAGUUGGAAGGGUCACCUUCACAGAUCAGGUGAAGAAGAAACAGAAUAAAGAUAACCAAUGUAUAGAAAGAUCGCACAAGUUUUGCAGAUACUACACUAAGUCGAAGAUGGAGCAAGAAAGAAUAUGUUAUACAGACGGAUCUUGGGAGAGAAGCUUAUGGCAGAGUGGGGGUAAUGGAGCUUCACCCAUGAAAUUUUGGAGAAUUUAACAUAUAUAGGUUCAGUGUUUUUUCCUUCUUUUGUUCUUGUUUUUUUUUUCAUGGGUUUUGGGUUUCUGCGUAAAGAAGUAUAUGUAAUAUCCAUCUGAACAGGAUCACCAUUUCCCCAUAACUUUUAUAUGGUGCUGAAUACAUACAUCUGUUUUCAAAUGUUGAAUUAUCGAUCUAGGCCUGAUAUGUAAAAAAACUCAGUUCAGUUCAUGAUGUUCAUUUAUAUGUGAGCCUUUUCAUGAGUUAUCUCAAAGACUGGUAUUAAUGUGA